UGGCUAUAAUAUUUAGUUCGACAAACAAAUGUGACAUUACUUUUCGAUACGAGACAAUGUCUUUUACUUUUGUUUGUAGUUUUUUACAGCACUAAUUAGAAAAUAUCAAAAUGGAAGAGAGUGAGUUGCGAAAACUUUUGCAAACGAAGAACGGGUGUCGGAUUCCGAAGAUGAGACCGAUACCAGAUAUUCAUAUGAUGGACAACUUGCUGUUUACUCCCCUGCCGCCGUAUAACAGGAUCAAGGACAAGCAAACAAAAUUCCGAAAGAUUCUUGAAGAGAAAGCUACUAAAAGAAAAGUAGAAAUCGCUCGUCCGCCCCUUGAGCGUCGUGAGCGUGACAACUUGGAGAUAUCUCAAGAGCGGCACAUCGCCGUGCUACGUGAGUGUGCGGACAAAAUACAACCACCACCCAUGCUUAGGUCCUGGGAGCGAAAAAUUUGCAGCUUGAUUCCUUUGAAACUUCGUCAAUCCUUCCCAGGAAUCAUGGAUGAAUUAAUCGAUGAAAGCAAAGCAGAGUGGAACCGAAACCUACACGAUCUUGCUGUUAAAACAGUCAUCAGAGAUGUGCCUGGUGUGUCGCGGAAAAGAUAUCAGGAACCAUAUUUCAAAUUUAGAGGGGUAACAGAAAACUUUAAUAGAAUGAUUAAGUAUCGAAAGAAAUUACAAGAUGGUUCACUUCUGUUGCAUCCUUUUAUUCGGCUGGUGAUUGAAUCUGCUGAAAAGACUUUUCCUCCUCACAUUAUUAACUUAGCGAAGUACAGAGCCCGCGGUCCGAUGGAUUUAGAUGACUUUAUGGCUAGAAUAUUAGAUGAAAUAAAACGUGCUGACUAUUUAGUUUCUAGCACUUGGUAUGGAAUUCUUGUUCAGUGGCUUAAAAAUCCAAGAUGCCUAAAGGGAAUGAAACCAAAGAAAAUACCCGAGUUUGUAAAAUGUGCUACCAAAAUGAUAUCAAUGCAAAUACAGGAGUUAAUGCGACGGUCGAUUGAUGCUUUGAUUGAAUAUCUUAAAGAUCCUGAGUCUGUCCCAAUUUUAAAUAUUGAAUUGGAUUUUGAUGGAGAAUUUAUCUAUGAUCCGUCACUUGAAACUGUUUUUGGUAUUUACCAUAGUAUAGCAGACGCGAUUUCUCAUAUUGCUCAGAGACUUAUGCCAAUAGAGCAGUACCUAAAAAUACCGUAUAACUACGACGCAUUACCUGUUCAAUAUAACGAAUGGUUACAUAAAGAUGGACAUGACAGAUUGCAGAAGCAACUGAACGUGGUGUUUUUGCCGUUACUGCAAUAUUUGGAUAACUUGCGUGAAGAAUACAAUAUGUUAUAUGGUGCACCUGCGCGAGAAGCUCUCCUUAAAUUCAUGGCUGAUGUUCAAGAGUUUGAAGAAGGUCGCGAUAAAAUUAAAUACUUUCAAAACAUAGACUCUAGUAUUACUGGAGUGUUAGAAAAUGAAUACUUUAAUUGUUCAGUUGUUUGUCAGCUCCGAAUGGUUGAUGGAUUAAAACGAAAGGCACAGGAAUUUGUCAACGAUAUCAUAGCUGGGAUAGUUAAAGCUCACAUGGACGAAAAUGCUGCUAUUUGUAAAGAAUUUGAAAUAAUAGCAGCGAAAGCGCUUAAAGAACCUGAGAACGCGGCGGCGCUGAUAGAACAAGGAGUGUAUAUAUUACAUGCAAAAUCUGUUUUGGUAGAGGCAUUAAAGGAGAGAAUCUUGACGCAAAUAAAUAUAAUUUCAAACCUUUUGGAAAUGACAUCACUUUCACCCGAACAUGUCGCAUCUAACACUAAAACCGUAAACUGGCUUAAAGAUAUCAAGCCAAUAUUUGAAAAAAAUGCAGCGGCUUUCGAAACUGUGAAAGGAGAAAUGGAAGAUAAUUUACUCAGUAAAAUAGCCUAUCUUGGCAAAGAAGUUGCAGAAAUGACGCCUUAUUUGGAACUUUUAGACAAUAUGGAUGACAUUAACCACACUUUGGAGUACCUUGAAUACUUAAGAAAGCUUGUCCAUCGUUUAGACGAUUGUGAUAAGUUAGUUGCAUGGAUUAAUAAUGAAGAAACAACCUUUAAAUUUCCCGUAACGAAUUAUCCGGAACUAGAAGAACUAAAAGAUUUUAUUUUACCGUUCCAUGCCCUAGUUUAUCUAGUCCAUAGAUGGAAGCGUAGCUAUUAUACUUGGAUGGAUGGACCGUUUGAAUACCUAGACCAUGAGCAAAUAGAACAAGAUCACGAUUUUUAUUACAAGGAGUUUCUUAAAAUUGCUAAGAACUACAGAAACAAAAUUAAACAGCAAAUCGCUGAAGGUUCAGAAAAACGAUUCCAAGGCUUAGUUGAUGACCCAGAUGUCAACAAUCUACCAGCACCAAUGAAAUUAUGCGCACAGGCAGUUGCCGAAAUAAAAGACUGGAGACCUAAUGUACAGAUGGGUCAUAUUAUGUGCAACCCUGCUCUGGUGCAGAGGCAUUGGGAUGAAAUGUCAAAUAUUGCAGGCUUUGAUUUAACUCCAACUGCUGGGACGACAUUAAGAAAAAUUAUAAAUUUCAAUCUUUGGUCUGAAAUAGAUCAAUAUGAUAUUAUAAGUGUCGCUGCAACUAAAGAACUAGCACUAAUUACUAAUUUAAAUAAAAUGAUGGCGGAAUGGACGGACAUAUGCUUUAAAACCAGUCCAUAUAAAGACACAGGAAUUUUCAUUUUGUCUGGUUUAGAUGACAUACAAAGUGUAUUAGAUGAUCAUAUUGUGAAGACAGUGGGUAUGCGGGGUUCAGCUUUUGUCAAGCCGUUUGAGUCUCAAGUAAGAACUUGGUACGACAAAAUUACGAGGGUUAAUUCAACUAUUGAUGAGUGGGGUAAAGUACAAAGCCAAUGGUUGUAUUUGCUCCCUAUAUUUUCUUCUAAAGAUAUCGUUGCACAAAUGCCGGAGGAAGGUGUUAUGUUUGUGGAAGUCAAUAACAUCUAUCGUCGUUAUAUGGGCUCAGUAGAGAAAGAUCCACACGUACUUGAAAUAGCGGGUGGAACUGGAGUAUUAGAGUCAUUCAAGGCAGCAUCAGCAUUCUUGGAAAAAAUAAACGAUGGCGUCAACGAUUACUUAGAAAAGAAACGUCUAUACUUCCCCAGGUUUUUCUUUUUAUCGAACGACGAAAUGUUGGAAAUUUUAUCUGAAACUAAAAACCCACUCAAAGUACAACCUCAUCUAAAAAAAUGUUUCGAGGGUAUUAAUAGAUUAGUAUUUGAUGAAGAAUACAACAUCUCUGCUAUGAUAUCAAUGGAAGGAGAACAAGUAGAACUCCUGGAAAUAAUCAGUGUAGCUGCUGCACGAGGUUCUGUGGAAAAGUGGCUGGUUCAAGUUGAGGAUCAAAUGCUGAAAGCGGUCAAGAUGGAAACAGAGCUUUCAUAUUAUGACUACCCUAAUAUGGGCCGAGUGGAGUGGAUAUUGUCUUGGGAAGGUAUGGUGGUGUUGGCAAUAUCACAAAUUUAUUGGGCGGUAGACGUGCACGAAGCCCUUAACACACAUAAACUAAGUGAAUUGCAAUUAUUUCACGAAGGAUUAACAAAACAAUUAAAUGAAACUGUUGCCGUUAUACGUCGUACCGAUUUAAGUAAACUUAGCAGCAUAACAGUAAAAGCUCUAAUUGUAAUUGACGUCCACGCUAAGGAUGUGAUAUUUGAAUUAGUUGGUAAGAAUGUCACUGAGGUGACUGAUUUCCAAUGGUUAGCACAACUACGAUAUUAUUGGGAAGAAGAGAGGGUGUUCGUAAAAAUAAUAAACGCAGUAGUGAAUUACGCGUAUGAAUAUUUAGGCAAUUCUGAUCGUCUUGUGAUAACACCUUUAACAGAUAGAUGCUAUCGAACAUUAAUAGGUGCUUAUUACUUGCACUUAAACGGUGCUCCCGAAGGACCUGCUGGUACUGGUAAAACCGAAACUACGAAAGAUUUAGCAAAAGCAUUGGCUGUACAGUGUGUAGUUUUUAACUGUUCAGACGGUUUAGAUUAUAAAGCUAUGGGGAAAUUCUUUAAAGGUUUAGCAUCGUGCGGUGCGUGGGUGUGUUUCGACGAGUUUAAUAGAAUUGAAGUCGAAGUAUUAUCAGUCAUAGCUCAGCAAAUUUUGUGCAUCGUGCAAGCUGUAAGGCAACAUUUAGAAACAUUUGAUUUUGAAGGAACAAUACUCACUUUAAACCCGGCUUGUUACGUAUGUAUUACAAUGAAUCCUGGCUAUGCUGGCCGUUCCGAGCUGCCUGAUAAUCUAAAAGUUUUAUUUCGCACUGUAGCUAUGAUGGUUCCCGAUUACGCCAUGAUUGGUGAAAUAUCUCUGUAUUCAUUUGGUUUUAUCGAUGCAAGAAACUUAUCUAUAAAAAUCGUCACGACUUACCGAUUAUGUUCUGAACAGCUUUCAUCACAAAAUCAUUACGAUUAUGGAAUGCGUGCGGUAAAAACCGUUCUUUCUGCCGCAGGUAAUUUAAAAAGAAGUUUUCCGAAUGAAAGCGAAAGUAUAUUGCUUCUUAGAUCUAUUACAGACGUAAACUUGCCUAAAUUUUUAUCUUUUGAUGUACCUCUCUUUGAAGGAAUUAUUUCAGAUUUAUUUCCUGGAAUUAGCUUACCUAAACCUGAUUAUGAAAGUUUUUUGAAUGCUUGUCAUGAUUGUUGUCAAAAGAAUAAUCUUCAACCAAUGGAAUGUUUUUUAAUAAAAAUAAUUCAAACUUACGAAAUGAUGAUUGUGAGACACGGCUUUAUGUUGGUGGGUGAUCCAUUUGCUGCAAAAUCUAUGACGUUGAAAAUAUUGUCUGAAGCACUUACGCUAAUGUACCAUAGAAAACAACCAGGUGGUUGUGAGUGUACUUACAAAGUUUUGAAUCCUAAAGCGAUAACAAUGGGACAACUCUAUGGCGCUUUUGAUCCUAUAUCCUACGAAUGGACUGACGGAAUUGUCGCAACAAUGUUUCGAAAUUUUGCCUCAGAAGACACACCAGUAAAAAAAUGGAUUGUUUUUGAUGGCCCAGUAGAUGCUGUUUGGAUAGAAAACAUGAAUACCGUUUUAGAUGACAACAAAAAAUUAUGCUUGACAUCGGGUGAAGUAAUGGCUAUGUCCAAUGUUAUGUCUAUGAUUUUUGAAGUAAUGGACCUGUCUCAAGCUUCUCCUGCAACAGUUUCUAGAUGCGGCAUGAUAUACAUGGAAUCGGCGUCACUAGGUUUUAUGCCUUUUUAUAAGUCCUGGCUUAACACUCUAAAUCCUAUUUGGUUAGAAGAAAACGAAGAAUACAUAUAUGAUAUGUGUGAUUGGCUAGUUGAUCCGCUUAUUUACUAUGUAAGAAAAUAUUGCGGUCAACUUGUCACGGCUGGUGAAGUCAAUUUACUUAUAAGCACUCUUCGCUUAGUGGAAAUGCUUAUGGAUGCUGCCAUAGAAGGCGAAGAAGACACAAAGUACACAAGAACGUGGUUCUUGGCUUCUUUUAUGACUGCUCUUGUAUGGGGCAUAGGUGGAAUAUUAAACACGGAUUCACGGGAAAAAUUUGAUGAUUUAGUUAAAGAAUAUUUUAGAGGAGAAAAGGGAAUACCAGCUAAGAUAGACAGGCUUGAUGUUUCAAUACCCGGUGAAGGAAUGAUCAUUGAUCAUUACUACAUGUACAAAGGAAAGGGGUGUUGGAAAACUUGGCCUGACGCUGUAAAAGCGGUUCAAGUAAAAGAACAAAUCAAUCUUUUGCAAACUGUUAUUCCAACGUUGGAAACGGAAAAAUACCUAUACAUACUACGAUUACACACGAAAUUUUUAAAACCCUUAUUAUUAAUUGGCCCGACGGGAACUGGGAAGAGUUUUUAUGUCCAAAAUUUUUUAAUGAAUGAAAUUGACAUGGAGAAGUAUACACCUGGAUUUAUAACUUUUACGACUACCACUUCUGCAAAUCAGACACAGGACUUAGUUAUCUCUAAAUUAGUAAAAAGACGAAAAAAUAAUUACGGACCAACUAGAGGCAAGCAGGCAAUAAUAUUCAUAGACGAUAUGAACAUGCCAGCUAAAGAAGUAUAUGGUGCUCAACCCGCUAUUGAAUUAUUAAGAUUAUAUUUUGACCAAAAACACUGGUACGAUCUAAAGACGACCGAUAAAUUAUACAUAUAUGAUACAAUAUUUUACGGUGCAAUUGGCCCUGUAGGAGGGAGCCGGCAAUUAAUUUAUCCUAGGAUGUUGAGACACUAUAAUAUUUAUUCGAUAAAUGAAUUUUCAAAAGAAAGUAUGAAUAAAAUAUUUAUGUCUUUAUUGCAAUUAGGUUGGAGACGAAAUGGUUUUGGCCAAGAUACACAACCAGUUAUAGUCAACAUCAUAGCGGCAACAACGGACAUUUAUGACCAGGCUAGAGAAGGCUUAAGGCCAACUCCAGCCAAGUCACAUUAUAUUUUUAAUCUCAGGGAUUUCUCGAGAGUUAUUCAGGGAUGUGCACUGUUGCGCAAGGAAUCUGCUGAUAACAAAAAAACUUUUGUAAGAGUUUGGGUUCACGAAAUUAUGCGUGUGUUUUAUGAUAGACUGAUAGAUGAUGUAGACAGGACCUGGUUUUAUGGUAUAUUAAAAAAAUGCACCAGAGAUUAUAUGAAGGAUACAUUUGAAGCUGCCUUAGAUACUUAUCAAAAUGAAGCCGGCGAUGUAACUCAAGAAAAUAUAAAAAAUAUGAUGUUCGGUUGUUAUUUAGAUACCGACAGUGCCGAAGGUGAAAGGCGUUAUGAAGAGAUGCCAUCGAAGGAAGUAGUUUUAAAUAUGGCUAUGGCGAUGUUAGCGGAAUACAAUUCUAUGCAUAAAGCUAAAAUGACAAUUGUAUUAUUUGAUUAUGCACUAGAACAUUUAUCAAAGAUAUGCCGACUUUUAUCUAUGCCGUCUGGAAAUGCAUUACUUGUUGGAGUUGGGGGGUCCGGUAGACAAUCCUUAACACGCUUAGCCAGUACUAUUUUGGGCCAACAAGUUUUUCAACCUGAGAUUACAAAAGCUUAUAGCGUAAAGGAUUGGCAUGAGGAUAUAAAAUUAGUGCUUAGAGAAUCUGGUGGUCUAAAUAAAGAUACUACUUUUCUUUUUACAGAAAGUCAAAUUAAAGAAGAAGUAUUUAUUCAAAAUCUAGACAGUCUCCUAAAUUCCGGUGAGGUUCCAAACCUGUACGGCUUAGAUGAAAAACAAGAAAUUCUUGAAUUAGUUCGGCUAGCUGCCCAAGGAGGCAAUAGAAACUUGGACAUAGGUCCACUACAGAUUUUGUCUUUUUUUGUCGGACGUUGUAAAGCCAAGUUACAUAUAGUUUUAUGUUUUAGCCCUAUAGGAAGUUCAUUCCGAACAAGGCUUAGGUUGUAUCCAUCCCUAGUCAAUUGUUGUACUAUAGAUUGGUAUGAUAGCUGGCCAGAAGAUGCGUUAGAAAUGGUUGCACAUCAUUACAUGGUUAAAGUAAAUGUGCCUGAUAAUGUCAAAUCUGCGGCAGUCAUUGCAUGUAAACAAUUCCAUGUAGACGCACGCAUAGUGUCCACUAAUUUUUACAAUGAAUUUGGAAGAAGAACCUAUAUAACGUCUGCGUCUUAUUUAGAUUUAAUUAAAUCUUUUACAACAUUAACUAAUAGGAAACAAAGAGAGCUCAGAGCUGCAAAGUUAAGAUAUACUAAUGGAUUAGACAAACUUAGUCAAGCAGCAGAAGCCGUUGCAAUUAUGCAACAUGAUUUAAACGCUUUAAAGCCUCAACUUAUAGUUAUGGCAGCUAAAUCAGCAAAAAUGAUGCAAGAAAUUGAAGUAGAAACGGCAAUAGCGGACAAAGCUGCAGCUCAGGUGAGAGAGGACCAAAAAGUUGCCAAUGUGCAAGCAGCCGCGGCUCAGGAAUUGAAAAAAGAUUGUGAAGCUGACUUAGCACUUGCCUUGCCAAUUUUGGAAGAUGCUAUCGCUGCUUUAAAUACACUAAAGCCGGCUGAUAUUACAAUUGUUAAAUCUAUGAAAAAUCCGCCAUAUACUGUAAAACUAGUGAUGGCAGCAGUGUGCGUCAUUAAAGGAAUCCCUCCAGAUAAAAUACCUGAUCCCGACAAUCCAGGAAAAAAAAUGUUUGAUUUCUGGGGCCCUAGCAAAAGAAUUUUAGGUGAUAUGGGAUUUCUAGAUUCAUUAAGAAAUUUCGAUAAAGAUAAUAUACCUAUAGCCACAAUGCAAAAAAUUAGAAAGGAAUACUUAUCCAAUAAAGAUUUUAAGCCACAUAUUGUGGCUAAAGCUUCAGCGGCCGCUGAAGGCUUAUGCAAGUGGAUUAUAGCUAUGGACAUGUAUGAUGCAGUAGCGAAAGUUGUAGCUCCGAAAAAGGCAAAGUUAGAAAAAGCAGAAAAAGAAUUUGCUGAAACUAUGGCAAUUUUGGAGGAAAAAAAAGCGAUGGUGGCGCGGUUAGAAGCAAAAUUAGCUGAGCUAAAUGAAGCAUUAGAAGAAGCCAAUAUAAAAAAGAAGGCUCUCGAAGAUGAAGUGCAAUUAUGUAUUGAUAAACUGUUUAGGGCUGAGAAGUUAAUUGGCGGUUUAGGAGGCGAGAAAGUGAGAUGGACAGCUGCGGCUGAAAAUUUACAAACGCUGUUCGACAACUUAGCUGGUGAUAUACUAGUAUCAUGUGGUAUCAUCGCGUAUUUAGCGCCUUAUACUUUACCAGUUCGAAUGGAAAUGAUAGAGAAAUGGCGACAACUUGUAAUUAAAUUAAAUAUGCCUCAUUCCGAAGUAUUUUUAUUUAAGGAUGUGCUAGGAACGGAUAUUAAAAUUCAAAACUGGUGCAUUGCAGGAUUACCCCGUGAUUCGUUUUCAGUUGAUAAUGCUAUCAUACAAGAUAAUUCGAUGCGAUGGUCGUUACUCGUUGACCCCCAAGGUCAAGCAAAUAAAUGGGUCAAAACAAUGGAGAAAUCUAAUGAUUUACAAGUCUUAAAGUUCACCGAUGGAAAUUAUAUGAAAAUUAUAGAAACUUGUUUGGAAUAUGGCAAACCAGCAUUAAUAGACUGUAUUUUAGAAGAUGUUGAAGCUCCAUUAGAUCCUGUUUUGCUAAAAAAUACAUACUUUCAAGGAGGUAAAGAGUUUAUUGCUCUAGGUGAAAAUGUAAUAGAGUAUCAUCCUAAUUUUAGACUUUACAUGACAACAAAGUUAAGAAAUCCUCAUUAUUUACCAGAAGUUUUUAAUAAAGUUACGCUUAUUAAUUUUGCUCUUACAAAAGAUGGUUUAGAAGACCAACUUCUUGGCAUUGUCGUGGCAAAGGAACGACCUGAUCUACAAGAAAAACGAGAGAAACUUAUCGUACAAGGUGCCGCUAAUAGAGCAGCUCUAAAACAAGUAGAAGAUGAUAUAUUACGAACUUUACAAGAAUCUAAAGGUGAUAUUUUAGAAGAUGAAUCUGCUAUCGAAGUUUUGGAUUCGUCGAAAAUAUUAGCAAUUGAUAUAAUGAAGAAACAAGAGGCUAGUUUGGAAACAGAAGUAAUAAUAGAAAAAUUCCGAUUAGGUUAUAGACCUAUAGCUUCGCAUUCAGCUGUAUUGUAUUACUGCGUGACAGAAUUACCUAAUGUUGAUCCCAUGUACCAAUAUUCGUUAACAUGGUUUAUUAAUCUUUACAUAAUAUCAAUUGAAAAUGCUAAUAAGUCAAAAGAUCUCGAAAAAAGACUUAAAUUUUUAAAGGAUACUUUUACAUACAAUUUAUACAGCAAUGUUUGCAGAUCACUUUUUGAUAAAGAUAAGUUAAUGUUUUCAUUUAUCAUGUGUUCAAAAAUGAUGUUGUCUACUGGUGAAAUGAAUCAUGAAGAAUACAAAUUCUUAAUCACUGGUGGAAUAGCUGUAGAAAAUACUCUGAAAAAACCUGUUGAAUGGUUACCUGAUAAAGCAUGGGAUGAAAUCUGUCGGCUUACUGACUUGCCAUCGUAUAAAGGUAUUAAAGAUAACUUUGUUAACAUUAUAACGAAAUGGCAAGAAGUGUAUGACGACUUGGAACCUCAAAGUAAACCAUUACCUGGGGUAUGGGAUAGCAAGUUAACACAAUUCCAAAAGCUGCUAGUAAUAAGAGUUUUAAGGCCUGAUAAAUUAACUAUUGCAAUUUCAGAAUUCGUAGAAAAACAAAUGGGCCGUAAAUAUAUUACACCGCCACCAUUCGACAUUGGAAAAUCUUUUGGAGAUUCAAACUGCCUGGCUCCUUUGAUAUUUAUAUUGUCACCUGGUUCUGAUCCAAUGGGGGCACUUAUAAGAUAUUGUGAGAAAAUGGGCUAUUCACAUAGAUUUAACUCUAUAUCACUGGGUCAAGGACAAGGACCUAUAGCACGAGCAAUGAUAGAAAGAGCCCAGUUGGAAGGUGGAUGGGUGUGUCUGCAAAAUUGUCAUUUAGCUGUAUCUUGGCUACCCGUGCUCGAAAAAAUUGUUGAAGGCUUCGAUUUAACAAAUACAGAUCUUAGUUUCCGUUUAUGGCUAACUAGCUACCCAUCAGAUAGAUUUCCUCAGUCAGUCUUACAAGUAGGCGUCAAAAUGACUAAUGAACCCCCAACAGGUCUACAGCAUAACCUUAAUAGAUCAUAUAUUUCGGAGCCACUGAAAGAACCCGAGUUUUAUGAAGGUUGUCCUGGAAAAGAUAAAGCAUUUAGUAAACUUUUAUACGGCAUAAGCUUUUUUCAUGCUGUUGUACAAGAGCGAAAGAAAUUCGGUCCUUUGGGAUGGAAUAUUCAAUAUGGAUUUAACGAUUCCGAUUUCCAAAUAUCAGUGAUGCAAUUGCAAAUGUUUUUGAAUCAAUAUGAGGAAAUUCAAUAUGUCGCUAUAAAAUACUUGACAGGUGAAUGCAACUAUGGUGGUCGAGUCACCGAUGACUGGGAUCGAAGGUUGAUUGUUACAAUUUUAGAUAAUUACGUAAAUCCCAACGUGGUGCACGAUCCCAACUAUUGGUUUUGUGAAUUAGGUUCUCAGUAUGGUCUACCCCGCCGAUGCGAAUAUCAAGACUAUUUAAAACAUAUAGAAAGUGUACCUGUAAAUCCCCCACCUGAAGUAUUUGGGCUGCAUAUGAAUGCCGGAAUUACAAGAGAUUACACAAUUUCAAUGGCUCUUACUGCAGCGCUUGUUCUUGUAGAGGGCACUGGUAGCGGUGGUGAAGGUGGAAAUACUGAAGUUAUUUUAGUGCAAAUGUCAUCUGAAAUUCUAUCAAAAUUGCCUCCUAGAUUUGACGUAGAAACUGCUCAAAAGAAGUAUCCAGUAGAUUAUAAUGAAUCUAUGAAUACGGUAUUAGUUCAAGAAAUGGAGAGAUUUAACAAACUUUUACAUGAAAUCAGGGGUUCUUUGCAGGACUUGCAAAAGGCUGUAAAGGGUCUCAUUGUUAUGUCUCCGGCCUUAGAUUUGCAGUCAAAUGCGAUGUUGCUUGGUAGGAUACCAGACAACUGGCGAAAAUUUUCAUAUCCGAGCUUGAAGCCGCUACCCAGUUACGUUGCUGAUUUUAUAGAGCGUUUGGCUAUGUUGGAGGAUUGGUAUCAAAAUGGGAAACCUCCUACAUUUUGGCUUUCGGGAUUUUUUUUCACUCAAGCUUUUCUUACAGGCUCCGUUCAGAAUUUUGCAAGAGCAAAAAAGAUACCUAUUGACUUGCUAUUAUUCGAUUUCGAAGUUCGUCAUGUAGAUUAUGAAACUACUCCUCCGGAAUGGGGCGUGUAUGUCCAAGGUCUUUUUAUGGACGGUGGUCGUUGGGAUAGAAAGACUUAUGCUAUCGGGGAGCAACACCCAAAGAUUUUGAACGACAAUAUGCCUGUCAUUUGGUUGUAUCCGAAGCAAAAAGUUGAUUUCAUGGAAGGCACACGGUACCGCUGUCCUUUAUACAAAACAUUAGAGAGAAAAGGCGUACUAGCCACCACCGGUCACUCGUCUAACUUUGUGCUUGCGUUUUACUUACCUUCGGACAAACCUUCAGCUCAUUGGAUCAAACGGAGUGUAGCUUUGCUGCUUCAAUUAGAUAAUUGAUAAUUGAUUUUGCAAUUUACUAGUACUGACGCGCUUGUACAGUAUAAUAGUUAUAAUGUUGUAGGUAUUACGGCCGCUACCUUUUUAUUAUAUUCUUAAAAUCUUGUAUUACUCUUUAUUUAAUUUCUAUAAUAUUAUUGUAAAAGAAUUAUUAUACUUCUGUUAAAAGUUUAUAUACAACAUUAAUACAAUUAAUAAUAGAUACAUACAUUUAAUUGAAAUGAAAGUUUCGCAGUAGAAUAAUAAUGCGGCUGCAUAAUAUUUAUUGCAGGAAUCGCCGUCUAAAAAAAUCAAACAUAUGUCCAUCAAAACUUC